AUGUUCAGUCGUGUGCUGCCUAUUUUUCGCCGUGUGCCUCUAAAUAGCCUUGUUGCGGCUCCCCGUUUUUCCAGGUCCCUCAAAACCUCGUCUCUGGCUCUCGUCAGGUACCAAGGUAAGACUAGAAAGGUUAACGAAAUCAGCCCAGAAGAGGUCAGACGCUACCAGGAGAAGUACGCACUGAAUACCGGCUCCCAAAAUGGCAGCUCUCAGUUUUACUACCAGGAAAAUCCCUCGCUGGACCCUCUGGCGUUUCAGAAUGAUCCAUCUCAAUUCAGAACGGUUUUUGAAGUGCCACCAAAUGAAAACGGCAUAAUUACAGAGCACGAUGGAAUUUACGAUAUUCUCAAAGAGCCUACUUUGGUAAUUGAACGUCAGGUGGAAUUCAUGAACGUCGUUAUUGGCUUUGAACAGGCAAACAGAUAUAAGAUCAUGAACUCCAAUGGUGACCAGAUUGCUUACAUGGAAGAGAAGGAUUUCGGCAUCAUGAAGGCAAUUGGACGUCAAUUCUUCCGUUUGCAUCGUCCCUUCGAGCUUGAGGUUUUCAACAACUACGGCGACUUGCUCCUCACCAUCAAGAGACCGUUUUCUUUCAUCAAUUCGCAUAUCAAAGCGCUUUUACCCGGAUACGACGAAAGGGGGAACAUCAUGCACGAAAUUGUUGGAGAGUCGGUUCAGAAAUGGCACUUGUGGCGCAGACGGUACGAUUUGUUCAAGCUUGAGGAUGAAGUAACCGAUGAAUAUGAGCAAUACGGAGCAAUUGACUCCGGCUUCCUUGCCUUCGACUUCCCUGUUUACAACAACAACGGCGACGUCAUUGCGUCCGUGGAUAGGAAUUGGGUCGGAUUGGGCAGAGAGCUUUUCACAGAUACCGGUGUCUACAUUGUCAGAAUGGACCCGUCUGCAUUCGCCGGAAUGGGUCUGAUGUACCCUAGCGUGGCUGGUCCAUUGACACUAGAUCAACGUGCGGUGUUGUUGGGUAAUGCUGUGAGUAUUGACUUUGACUAUUUCUCGAGGCACUCCAGAAGUGGUGGAGGCUUUUUGAGUUUUAGCGACUGGGAGUAG